GAGGGGCGCUGAUCUGUUUCCCUGUAGCUGCUUUUUCAUUUGUGCUCAGACAAAGAUCAGAGGAAAGGCGUUUGGAUUUCAGCUCAAAACGACGAAGGAUAAGUAUUGGGUUACUUUUCGGAUAAGCUACAUUGAUGCCGAUAUUGUUUUUUAAAAAAUGAAUCUAGGUAUCGCGUAACAUAUUUUUAAGUAACGUGCACGACGCUGACGAGCUGUUGUGCGUCUUGGAGAAGGCAGGGACGCAGGAGACGCGCAACAGCAACAUCAGCUGCAGCGCAGUCUGUUUGGAACCACCGGUUGAGAUCAUUCAACACUUCACAGCAUCAUCGACUGUCGGAGCGGAUCGUGGAAUACAAGCUGACGACCUCAUCUUUCUGGAAUCAUUCCUGGACAAACGAUGGCCAUUUUUAUGGCCCCCCAAAACAGCCACAAAAGAAACGGAUGAGUGAAAGCGGAGAUGCUGCGCACCACGUCCAAAAUCGUGGAGCUUCUUUCAACAGGACUGUGGGUGUGUGCGCGUCGGGCUCGCCGUUACCUCUGGACUGCACUCCCUAACUUCCUCCGCUUUCAAUCAAGUCAUGUCUGAUACAGAGCGAUGGGUAAGUUUGACGAUAACGAGAGGAUAAUCCUCAACGUCGGGGGCACCAGGCACGAAACCUACAAAACCACCCUGAAGACCCUUCCGGGGACGCGACUGGCCCUGCUCGCCUCCGACUCGGACAUCGACUCCGUGCUGGAUCAGCUGCAACAAGUCCCUGGCUUCAUCGAGUACAACGCGCGGACCAACGAAUACUUUUUCGACCGCCACCCGGGUGUCUUCGCCUACGUGCUCAACUACUACCGCACCGGGAAGCUCCACUGCCCGGCGGAUGUGUGCGGACCUCUCUUCGAAGAAGAACUCUCCUUUUGGGGCAUCGAUGAAACGGACGUGGAGCCUUGCUGUUGGAUGACAUACCGACAGCACCGGGACGCGGAGGAGGCUCUGGACGUGUUUGAGCUCAACGUGGACAACGGAGACGAGGACGACGAGAUGGGGAAGAGACUCGGCAUCGAGGACGUGGCUGCCGACGGGAAUGUCAGUUUAUGGAGGAAGUGGCAGCCGGUGAUCUGGAAUCUAUUCGAGGAUCCAUACUCCUCCAGGGCAGCGCGGUUUAUUGCCUUUGCAUCUUUGUUCUUCAUCCUCAUCUCCAUCACCACCUUCUGCUUGGAGACUCAUGAGGCUUUCAACACAAUCAUCAACAAGACUGAUACAAGGAAUAGCAGCGGAUCCGACUCGACUCCACAGUAUGAGAUUGAAACCGACCCUGCGCUCACGUACGUGGAGGGCGUUUGUGUCUUCUGGUUCACCAUUGAGUUCCUGGUUCGUGUGACCUUCUGCCCUGUCAAGUUGGAGUUUGUUAAGAGUGUUCUCAACAUCAUCGACUUUGUGGCUAUCCUGCCUUUCUACUUGGAAGUAGGGCUGAGUGGUCUUUCUUCAAAGGCUGCCAAGGAUGUGUUGGGUUUCCUCAGGGUGGUGCGUUUUGUUCGUAUUCUGCGUAUCUUCAAGCUAACGCGCCACUUUGUGGGGCUUAGGGUGCUUGGCCACACGUUGCGGGCCAGUACCAAUGAAUUCCUGCUGCUUGUCAUCUUCCUGGCAUUGGGAGUGUUAAUUUUUGCCACCAUGAUUUAUUAUGCCGAACGGAUCGGCGCCAAACCCAAUGACCCCACUGCUAGUCUCCACACCAAGUUCAAAAAUAUCCCCAUUGGUUUUUGGUGGGCUGUAGUGACAAUGACUACACUGGGCUAUGGGGAUAUGUAUCCACAGACCUGGUCAGGUAUGGUGGUGGGCGCAUUAUGUGCUUUAGCUGGUGUACUGACAAUAGCCAUGCCUGUGCCCGUUAUUGUCAAUAACUUUGGGAUGUACUACUCCCUGGCCAUGGCCAAGCAGAAGCUGCCCAAGAAAAGAAAGAAGCACAUCCCUCAGAUGGUGCAGGGAGGAUCUCCAUCCUACUGUAAAGCUGAUCUCAACACCACCUGCAACAGCACUCAAGGAGACCUCUGUCAUGUCAAAGGAGGCAGGGUACUAGAACGCAACCGUUCAGUUCUGUCAGCAGACUGCAGUAGUGACCUCACCAUGUCUCCAGAGGAGCGGGUCCCCAUGAGAAGGUCCAGCACCAGGGAGCAGGACCGUCGAAGUGGGGGGACAUGCUUCCUUCUUGCAGCCAGUGACUACACCUGCCCUGCAGAUGGAGGGUUACGAAAAACAGGCUAUGAGAAAUCCCGGAGCUUAAACAACAUAGCAGGCAUGACUGGCAUGGCUGGUAACGCCCUGAGGUUGUCUCCUGUGACCUCGCCCUACGGAUCACCCUGCCCGCUGCGCCGCUCUCGCUCCCCUAUUCCCUCCAUCCUGUGAGACGUCCAGCCCAUGGCCACCUUGCCUCAAACCACACCACAUCUUAUCACCUAACAGACCACCUUUCGUUGACAUCAUGUCUGAACUCUUUUCUAGAUAUUGUGAACUAGUGGAUAAGUACUUAACAUUGUAGCUAAAACUUAUAUUAACAGUCUGGGCAAUCUGAGCGAGUACUCAUUUUCUCCUUGUCCUUGAAGAUAUGUGCUUUGCUAACAUCCCUAAAUAACUUGUCUGUUCUUCUGUGUCACUUGGAGUACUCUUUAGUUUGAUGUCGUACUUUGAGACUUGCAAUAAAACAAUUCUGACUGGUGGCUUCAGAAGUAGCAGCCAUAACAUUUAAUACAUAUUAAUGAUCAGGGAAAUUAGAAAUUGCUAUAGAUUUAAUAUAUUUAGAUAUCUUAAAAAAGUUGUGCUUCCAAAGGAAAAAAAAGGAAAAAAAGAAAAAGAGAUGUCACUUCAUUUAUUCCACAUAUGACUGUGACUUUGUUUUUUCCUUGCUGUAAUUUUGGGGUUAGCUGUAAGGAUGGAGAAUUAAUAUUUCAGAAUCUGGUGUCAGCUCAUACAUUCUCUCUUCGCUGGCUGAUGGGUCUUCUCAUGUUUGUGCAUGAUCAUCAUGUAACCAUCUUCAGCAAAAGAAAAAAAAAGAUAAAAAGUGUGGCAACAAGGAGGGAGUCGAGAAAGCUUGCGGGAAAAUUAUUCAUUUAAAGUUAUUAUAUUGGGUUUUAGAAGAGGGUGGGGAUUUUUAUUUUGUUUCAUUUUGCUUUUGGCAUCACUGACAAUCUACAGAAUGCCAGCCGGGUAUCAUUUCUGUCUGCAUGCAGAAUUCAGCUACCAUUCCAGAUUAACUUUCCCCCCUUCUCCUCCUAAUGUUUUUUUUUUCUUCUUUUUUUUCUUUGGAGUACCACCAAAGCUGUUCUGUUUCUGGUUUGCUCACAGAUAACUGCAAAGAGGUUGUCUAUACUGGUUUCACACAAGCAGAGAGCAGCGUUCUAUCUUAAUGGCUUGAGGGAAGGCACCACCAUUGCAGAAAGGUAACCAUCUGAAGGGGUGAAGGUCCGAUUGUUGUCGACACUUCUCGAUCAUUAAUUAUAGUUUGUGUUAUCAUGUGUCAGAACUAACAUUGGGAUUCUUCAUUAUUCAUAACAGAGAGGUGCUUGAGUGUGGUUGCAAACUGUGUGUGACAUGUAGCAUUUUAUUCAACAUUAAUAUAAAUAUGUCAAUACAAAAAAGGUAAACAACUAAGAUCAUAAUCAAGAGGCAUUUUGGAUCAUGUAUCACAUUUUAAUUUAAAAUUUGUUCUAUGAAAAAAAGGGCUGUAAUGCUCUCAAAUCGUCAAAACAGACAGGCUAGAACUAAAUUCUCUUACAAUUGCUCACAGGUUUUAUGCAUCCGCUUACAGUACCCUGAGAGUGGCCAUUUUGCUUUGCUGAAAGGCUGCAACAUUUAUUCUAGAUUAGACUGUUUUGCCAUGACAGGUGUAAAUUGCCUCUGCACACCAACAGGUGCAGGACAGCAGACAUAGCAAUGCAGCAAUGUGCCUCACCCAUCCCUACAGUAUAUCUGUACCCGUAGCACAAGGUUGCUUAGCAACUGGCUCACAGCUAGAUGCAUCUUUCACACAGCUCCGCAAAAAAGUCAAACAAUUAAAAAAACUGCUCUUACAAACAUUUCUCUGGCUCUACAACAAAUUAUUCAUUCACUCCCACCCCCACCCCCAUCUUCACUUAAGCCAUUUGAACAUACAGCAGAGGUUUUAGAAAUCUUGCUUAUAGAGCACCAUGCCUUUGAAAAAUGCUCAUGUUUGUGCAUAUACUCUAUUUAACACAAAAAGUUUGCAUUACAAGGUUUUCUGAAUUGAUGCAGACAGAUACAGAUUAUGCAUUUCUGAUAUUUAGAAAUGUGGUCAUAUGUUAUUUCGACAAUUCAUAUUCUGUUUAAUGGCAGUGGGAUUAGACUGUCAUCAGUAAUGAGGACCUAUUGCUGUGGAGGACCCCAUUAGGAGCCACAAGGCCACUCCUACAGGACAAUAUGGAUGAGGACUUGAAGAAACUGACAGCCAGCCGGCUCAAGGCUCAACACGUAGGGAAGGAACUCUAAAAAGGAAGACUUUAAUAAGCCUCCAUAUUUACCUGAUUUCUCUUUUUUUCUGUUCCUGUUUUGGAACUCUGGAGUAACACAAGGAGGGACAAAAUAAACAUGUCCCGAAAAGAGACUAUCUAAGUGAUAGAUGUUUUUUUCCUGUAAAUACAACAACACAGCACAUCUGGGCCAAGUGGCUCCGUCCACACAUCUGUCGUAUGUUGGCGAGUCAGGUAACCAGGUUGGUGGUUGCUAAAUUGCGCCAUUACACUCAACAUCAAUCACUUUUCUUGCUGUGGUAAUCCCCCUCGCAAUAAGUGUAUUAAGAUUGUUGAGGCGUUUUGUGUUCUAAAAAAUGGAGUGUAUUCAUAUAAAGUUCUACUUAAACUAUAUACAGUGUAGAGAGGCAAAUGUGCUAAGUUGAAUAAGUGUGACAUAAUGGUCAUCUCUGCUUUUGUUUUAAUUGGUAAUAUCAAUAGGUUAAUUGCUCUGCUGUUUAUAACUGUGUGUGAGAACUUGUGCGUGAGUACCGUAAAACUCCAGGUUGAGAUCUGCAGUUUGAAAGACCAGGUCAGAGAAGACCAGUGAGUGAACCUGAUGCUGACUCUUCCAAGUUAGUUUUAGCACAAGCCUAAAUGAGACAGAGUUCCCCUGUGAUGCAGCUGCCGUUGUAGAAGUCCCCACUUCCCAUGCAUUUAUCAUGCAACUACCCUGCGUCGGUGCUGCAGAUGUUUGUCUCCUCAAAAAACCAAAUUAUUCUUACCAGAUUAUUCCUCAUAACUCCUGGUGGCUAAAACAAAGAGAGAAAAAAAAAUGCAGACUUCAUUCUUCCAAACUUUUUCCCCCUUUGGGGGGAAUGGAGCAAAAGUGUAGCAGAAAUUUACCAAGCGGGACUUCUAGAAUGGCUACAUCUGCACAGUAGCAAUCCCCCAUACCUAAACAAUCAGAUCGGAUUUGCAAUAAGCACCCGAAAACACAAAAAGCGCCGAUCCACACUGUGAUUUCAGCAGCCCGUUUAAACAAGAAGGUGGAAGGAACGAGUGAGGGGAUAAAAAAUUAGCUGCAAAUGCUGAUGGGCAGGACUGACAAGCGGCACCACUGACUGCAUGUUGGUAGCAACCUCCACAGUUAUAGGCUAGCUGUUCAAGUGUCAACCUGUACCCACAAAUCCUCCUUGUGUAGUAAACAUGCUGCUUUACCCUUUGAAUUGUCAAAGGGGUACCUUUCUUUGUGUAUUUCUAGGAUGUUGUAACUUGAAAAAAGAAAAAAGGUGUUUAUUUUUUUUAAUCCAGAACAUGUAUUUUUGUGUCUUACGGUUGAGUACAUUGCUCUUUACCUGUAAAAGUCAUGGUAGUCUGAUGCUGUGCUUCUCCACCGUGUCCUCAAACUGUCAAACUUUCAAUCCAGUUUCAUGUUUUGUAUGUUUUACUGUGAGGAAAAAAAUCUAGUUUGAAGUCUGUAUUUGUGGAGCCUUUUGUUGGCAUUCUAAAGUGCAUGCUAAAAAAAAAUAAAAACAUUAUGUCAAAUUGUACAAAAAAAAAGAAAAAAGGAUGACAUACUGUAUAUCAUGCUGUGUAUAGAG